AUGCAUUUCAACCUGGGAUUAGCCAGCCUUCUGGGGCUCGCUGGAUCGGCCGCUGCUCAGCAGACCUGGGCAUUCACCGAUCCCAACACCGGCAUUGAUUUCCAACACUAUGCCUCUAAGAACUACAGUUUUAGCAUUGCGGUCCCCGAGACUCUGGGAACCGACUUCAUUGGCCAGCUGGUGGUCCCUAUCACCUCGACGGGAGGAUGGGGCUCUGUGUCGCUGCGAGGUGGCAUGUUGAGGAGUCUGCUGUUUGUUGCUUGGGCAGACGGGGAGGACAUCAAGACCUCGUUCCGAAUGGCUGGUUCAUAUGCCAAUCCUGAUGUCUACACCGCAAGUACUGUCAACGCAUUGCCAAUUGCCAACGGAACUUUCGUCAACAGCACCCACCUGUCGUACACUUUCCUCUGUGAGAACUGUGUCAACUCCACCGUCACCAACCUUGUCAACGAGACCCCUAUCCUUGGAUGGGCCAUCUCUGCUGAGAACCCAACCACCGUCACUGAUUCUGCCAGUGCUCUGACGUACCACGCUGCCGGCUUCGGCCAGUACGGACUGAACAUUGCAGCAGCCAAGUCUGCCAAGUAUGCCACAUGGGCCUCGUGGGCAUCCUCUGGAACAACUCCUACCCCUCCAACCACUCCUGGAACUCCUGGUGGCAACAGCACUCUGCCUACACCCAUCACUUCCAACGUGACCUAUGACACCAUUGUGGUCGGUGGUGGACCUGCCGGUAUCAUUGCUGCUGAGCGCAUUGCCGAGUCAGGAGCCAGCGUUCUUCUCAUCGAGCGUGGACCUGCUAACACCGUUGCUCUGGGAUCGUCUCUGGGUCUUCCAUGGAACAGCAGCCUGACUCCCUACGAUAUUCCCAGUCUCGGAAGUAGCUUGACGGGAAUUUCUGGCACCACGUUCUGCAGUGAUACCGCUUCCACGGCUGGUUGCCUUCUCGGAGGCUCCAGCUCCGUCAACGGCCUGAACUUCAUCCGCCCCCCUCAGCAAGAUUGGCAGCGCUGGCCCGCUGGAUGGCAGUGGGAGGAUGUUUCCGCGGCCGCUGACCGCCUCUAUGAGCGCAACCCCGGCACCACAAACCCAUCGGCCGAUGGAAAGCACUACAAUGACCACACUUACCAGGUUCUCUCUCAGUUCCUGGGUGCCAAGGGCUGGGCCGAAGUUGACUCCAUCGAAUCGCCCAACGAGAAGCACCAGGUGUUCUCUCGCCCUGCGUGGUCUAUCAAGGACCACCUCCGUGCUGGACCUGCCCGAACCUACAUGCCCUUUGCCCAACAGCUUGACAACUUCACCCUCAAGUUGAACUCCAAGGUCAUCCAGGUCAACCGAAAUGGCAGUGCCAUCACUGGUGUUCUCACCCAGGAGGCUGACGGAAGCACCCAGAUUAUCAACCUCAAGGCUGGCGGCAAGGUUGUCAUCGCAGCUGGUGCUCUUUCCACUCCUCGUGUGCUUUGGAACUCGGGUAUCGGCCGAGCUGCCGACCUGGCCAUUGUCAAGAGCGGUUCGGCCCAGACCGGUGUCACUCUCCCCGCUGAGGCUGAUUGGAUCGACCUCCCCGUUGGUCACCAUCUCCAGGACCACGUCCAGGUCACUCUCCAGUUCAACGAUGCGUCCAACUUCACUGCCUACAACUUCAAGGGUAUUGCCACCGAGCCCAUUGCAGAUGAUCUGGAUCUCUACUACCAGGGCUCCGGUGUCAUCACUCAGGCCGCCCAACGCAUGCAUCUCUGGACUUCCGUCGAUGGCGCUGAUGGUCGCAAGCGUUUCCUCCAGGGAACUGCCAGUGCCAUGUCUUCCGGUGUCAUCACUGUGCGCACUUUCUUGACCCACGGUACCUCUACAGUGGGCAAGCUCGGAAUCUCUGCUUCUGGAAACACCGUUCUUGAGACCAAGCCCUGGCUGAUUGAUGACAAUGACCGAACGGCCAUGUCCGACUUCAUCCAGUUCUGGCUUGACCUCACAUCGACCAACAACUCCACCCUGACCUACGUCGCCCCAGACUCAUCCGUGGAGGACAUCAUCUCCAAGAACCUCAUCAGCGGUGACCACUGGGUCGGCAGUGCCAAGAUGGGCGUUGACGACGGCCGCCAGGGCAAUGGCACCAGCGUCGUGGACCUGGACACCAAGGUCUACGGCACCGACAACCUGUUCGUCGUCGACGCCUCCAUCCACCCCGACCUCCCCACCGGAAACACGCAGUCCAUCAUCAUGAUCACUGCCGAGCACGCCGCUGAGAAGAUCACAGGCAUCAAGUCCAGCCCGACCACGCCUGAGACUCCCUCAACCCCCACCCCCUCAGCUUCCUCCACCCCUGCGGCCUCCUCGGCUCCCUCUUGCAGCACCAAGAAGCGCCGCAGCAAGCGCACCUUUAGGUUCUGA